UAAACACAUAACGUGCAUAGUGUAUAGCUGUAUGUGACGUCGAGAUGGGGCCGUUUCAGUUGGUUUCCUUGGUUCCAAAGAAAGCAUAGGCUCGUUCUCAGGCGGUUCUUACGUGUUGCAGACCUGACCACGCCCGUCGCUGAUUACCGUAGUAAGCUUCGAGAGAUAAGACUGUUACCACUUAACGCAUAACGUGAUUUUCCUAGCAGCCAAGGUUCCGCUUUGCAAUUUUUAUUACGCUGUUCGGUGGCCCCUCAAAAGGCCUCCCAGCAAUUAACAUGACCUCUUGGAUGCCGUGGUCGAGGUGUUGACUUAUUGCACCCGCGUGAAUGGAGUCCAACGGGGGACCAAGGGUGGCUUACGUAGUCGUGACCAAAGGCCUUGACUACCCAACUGCCGAGGAUCGCCGUCCCUCCGGUGCCCGGUAUACUCGCGAUGCUAUACGUGGAAUGCUCCAGUUCAUGGGUUGCAAGCCGCGCCAUUCCUACAAAGCGGCGCAGCUUGUCUUCCAGAAACUUGAACGCUUUGCGUCGGAGGGCAGCAAAUUCAGCUAUGGUAGCCGGCAGCUUUGGGACGUCGGUCCUCAUGACGAGGGGUCCGUUUACGUAGCCAUGCCGCGUUCAGAAUUCUACGAACUUAUAUGCAGCACGCUGACGGAGUACAAUUACAAGUAUGUCCCGUCAUCGGACGAGAUUAAGGCAGCGUGCAGCUUGCGAGAGCGCCGUCGCCAUGUCAUCGUGCUUCUGUGCGGUACCAGCGGCAGCGGCAAAUCCACGCUGGCGUCUAUCCUGGCCAGCAGACUGGGCAUCAGCACUGUCCUCUCUACUGACAGCGUACGGCACAUGAUGCGCAGCUUCACGUCUGCAGCGGAGACGCCGCUGCUCUUCGCGUCGACCUACGAGGCUGGGGAGGCGCUUCGAAAGCAGCAAGCCCUCGACGAGGCACGGCGGCAGCAGCAACAGCAAUUGCUGCAUCAGCACGGUUCUCCGGCUCAUCAGGCUCAGCAACCACCGCCAGCCCAAGGCGGGGCUGCUGCCUCCGCUGCCCCAGAUGCCAGCGGUAGCCGACUCGAGAACCAGCCGUCCAGUAAUCCUGCCCCUGUGCCCGCGUGCGCCACUUCGGCAGCCCAUGUCGCAGCCGGACACGCCUCUUCGGUGCCCUCGACAGCAGCAACGGCAGCGGCGCCUGCUCCCAGUGCGCAUGACCAGGCGAUCCGCGGCUACAAGGCCCAGUGCGAGCUGGUUUCGGAGCAGCUUGAGCAGCUGAUCUGUGGUUUCGAGGCUCGGCGGCAGAGCCUGGUGGUGGAGGGGGUGCACCUGCAUGUGGGGCUGGUGAUGCGGCUGCUGCAACGGCAUCCGGGGGUGGUGCCCUUCCUGGUCUACAUCAAAAGCGAGGGCAAGCACACUGAGCGCAUGGCGGUGCGUGCCAAGUACAUGACGCUGGAUCCCAACAAGAACAAGUACGUCAAAAACAUGAGGAACAUCCGCUGGAUCCAGGAUUACUUGUUGCGGAAGGCGGAGAAGCACGCCAUCCCGUGCGUGGAGAACUCCAACAUCGACCGCUCGGUGGGGCUCAUCCACCUGACGCUACUGGGCUGUCUGAAGCGCAUGAUGAAGGGCGAGCAGAUCCUGGACGGCGGCUCAUCCUCCGUCCGCAUGUUACACAAUGAGUUCUCGACUGUGGUGGAGUCGCUAGCUGGGACGACACUUGCAGCUGGUCCCACCGCCCCUGCAGCUGUGGCCGCGGCCGUUGCUGGCGGGCAGCAGGUGCCUCGAGCUGAGAGCUUCAACAGCAGCUCACAACAACAGCAGCAGCGCAUGCAGCUGGGGUCGCCGCGCUCCUUCAAGCGCGAGUCCGCGCCCAUGGCCUCUCGAGGUCCGUCGGGCGACGAUGCGGGCGUGGAAGUGGACGCGGUUAGUGCGGCGCGUGUCAACAGUAGCUCGCAGGUCGACGCGCUACUGCAGCAGCUGCAGGAGAUGGGGCAGAUCGGUGUCACCCUGCCGCUAUCGUCAUCGCCUCAGCAGCAAGCGGGGUCGGCGCCGGCGCAGCAAAGUCAGGGUAAGACCUGCAAUGUGAGCUGCGGCAGCAGUCCUAGUGAGCCAAUGCCCUGGGGGCCAGCCUCUUCGUCGCCGGAACAACGCCUGGUUGGUGCACGCGGCGACAACGGUCAUAAAGUGGGCUUGUCGCGGCCACCCGAUGCGGUGUUGUUUGGCUUCGCCACUAGCCAGGCAACAGGGCCAGGUGCCGCUUCAUCCGCGCUGCUUCCGGGCGAAGGAGCAGCAUCGGCUACGCGAGCCGCUGGGUUCUUCGGACCGGGCGCGGAAGGAAAGGAGUUGAGCUUCACUAGCGCCGCAGCCGCCGGGCCGUUUGUGCUGCUGUCACCGCCGCUGUCGCCCCACCGUGAUGCACACGCCGCGAUACAUGCCAGCGCCAAGACUGUAGGAUCCCACCUGCCUCAGCAGCAGCAGCAGCAGCAGGAGAAUGGCAGCGGCAGCGGAAGUAACAGCAGCAUGGCGCCCCGGACGGCUAGCUUUUGCGGCGGCGCGUCUCCCUCGCGCGGUCCCAUGCUGCUAUCCAGCCUGCUGCGACUCGCAUGUCAGCAGCAGCCACCGCAGCAACAGCAGCAACUGCUUGCGCCGCAUGGUUCCUCUCCACCGCGGGACUCACAGGACGAAACUCAUAGUUGCGGUCAGCGGCAAACGCACGGGCAGCAGCCUGUGCAGGCAGGGGAGCAGCAGGAGGCAAGUCCGCCCUUCGUUCCGUUCGUGGGAAUGUCGCCUCAGAGGCCAGCUAACUCAUUCGAGCGCCGCGUCAGCGGCCAGGACGGUGUCCUGCAGGUGGCCCCAUGCAGCCCAGUGUACGGCGCUCCCUUGUAUGACAGUAGUUUGGCUUCUGGCACGGACAAAGACAGGAGCAGCAAGGCCAUUGAAUGCGGUGGGACUGCAGGACUAAAAGGGAGCGCUGGAGGCAGCGCCGGCGUCGCUACCGAGGGCAGUAGUCGAGGCAAUGGUGAGCGGUUGGCUGCGGUCAGUGGUACGGCGCUAGCUGUGCGGGAUGCUGGCGAUCCUUUGAUUCAUCGCGCAGCUUCUUCUGCAGCAAUUGCAGUAGGCUCACCGCUCUCACGCAGCCGCAAUGCGAAUUGCCUGUCAGCCGAGCAGCAGCAGCACUUGGACGCAGUACUGCCGGCAUGGGUACGGCAGCUAGAGCCCCGCAUAGGCUCCCCGGCGAAAUCUGGUAGCGGAGGCGGUGGAGGUGGAGUCGGCAUGGGAGUCCUCCCUCCGCUACCGGUUUGUCCACCAUCCGUGCCCGUGUCGGGCGAAAGUGAACGGUGCUUGCAUGGCUGCCAAGCUGUUUUGAAGGGACAUGGCGUAGGUGGCGUUGGUGGCUUCACCGACGCAGUUGGCGGCAGCGCUGCGGCAGCGGGUUCGGGCCAAGAUGCCCCUGUUGACGCUCUGGAAACCAACGGCGUUGACGGUCGUGUAGGUCCGCCAGCUGUACUCCUGGAUGCGCCCACGGCAGCAGCCGCUGCUGCCGCCACUGCCAGUGCGCUUUCGCGGUUUGGCAACGACUGCUCCGACGAGGUUUUGGCGGCGGCCGUGGCGUCAGCGAUCCUGGAUGAACAGAUGGACGGCGUGACGGAGCCGGACAUGUCGAAUGCCCGGCAGCAGGGGCAGCACAGCCAACAGGGAUCGCGCAGGUCCACAGCAACUGGGUCAGGUCAUGUCAGCGGCGGCCCAAGCCGCAAAUGUACGAGCGGCAAUGGCGCGCCGUACUCGACGGACAGUGGCAGUAUGGCUUCCGGUAGCGCCCUGCCACUUAAGCCGCCUGGCGGCGAGGCGCAAUCGCAAAGCCCGGACUCGCACCCAUGUACCGAAGUGGCAAUGUCAGCAUGUGCCGCUUGCGGAGGAGACCCGCUGUAUCAUAUGCAGACUCCUGCAGAAACUGCAUGCAUUCCGGGAUCUCCCGCAGUGUCGGGUUUCACAUCAACUGCUGCUGCCUCAGUGCAACCGGCAUCAUCGGGGCCGCCGCCGCAAAUGCCACAUGCAACACCCAACGGGGUCGGCUCAUCCAUGAGCGGCAUGGGCGCGUUCGCGGUGGCUCCCUCUUGGGCCGCCGCCGCGGCCGUCGGCUCGCCGAGUUUCCUGCGCUCCGGGAGCCGUUGCUUGGGGGAGUCCUCGUCGCCGAGCCGCAGCGGCUACUCCAGCGAUGAAGGCGACGGCGCGAACGAUGACUCCACCGCGGCGGGGAGCGGCGCCUGGCCGGCACGGCGACGGUCACAUGUAGGAGCGCUGGGUCGCGACGUGGAGGCUGACAGCGAUGAUGACCCUGACGACGAGGCAUACGGCGGGGCUAGUCCUCUGCAGGAGUACGGCAGCGUGUACGAGAGCGCAACGCAUGAUGACAUGGACGAGCACGGCGACGAGGAGGAGGCGCUGCCGCUGGAGCAGGGCCGCUCCAAUACCAUCAUCAAGCAUCUUGCAAGCGCACUGGAACGAAGCCGCAUGCGCGCCUCGGCCUCGGCAGCCGCAGGCCGCUUGCCCGGGGGCCACCGGUCUCCGUGCCCGCCGCCUGCGGCGUCCUCCGGCGCGGCUUCACGCGGCGGCAUCGGCCGUCGUAGGUCGGGGAGGGUAAGCCAACGCGGGCUGCUUGCGAGCUCAACUGCAGGGUGUGGUGGUGGUGACGCAGGCGCGGGGGGCAGCAACAGCCCCGGCAUGCAGCUGAUGCGGCAGAUGCUGCGCGGCGGCGCGAUGGCGCGCUUGGUCACACCGGCUGCGGCGGCUGACACUGCCGCAGCGGCGCCCAGCCAACAAUGUAUGCCCAGUCAAGAACGUGCAGUGGGUCAGAGCGGUGCAUCAGCAAGUGCCGAAUGCAAUGUGUCGUCUGGUGUGGCAGGAGUGACGGAGAGCAGUGAUACGGGCGCAGGUCGUAUGCACGGUGUGGCUGGUAGCGUAGGGAAUGUAGAUGCAGGUGUAGAUACAGAGGGGCGGAAGGCAGGGGUAACCAAUGCUGAUGAAAAGCAAAUUGGGGCACGCUUGCUUACCCCGUUCGCGUCGCCAAUCUGAUUGUAGUAUAUGUAAUUUGUAGAUAGGCAAGUUUUAUGGUUUAAAGAGAGGAAAACAGAGUGUCCAGACUAGAUGUGUAGGUUCGCAGGUGAUAAACCAAGGCCAGGCAGGCAGGUCAGGUGUAAUGGCUGGCAUGAAACUGUAUGCAACAGUGCACGGUAGUUUCUGCAUGUCCCGAAAUAAUGUGUUUGCUGUGAUGUUCGCCUUUCAAUGAGUAUGCUUCAUGUGCGCUGCCCCGAACGUGUGGUAAUGCGUCGUCAUGUAACGAG